AUGCCCACCGUGCCCAGUCAGAUUCAAAUACGGAUCAUGUUGCAGACGAGAAAGAAGGUUGAGUCAUAUUCGGGCCCGUCGCCGGCUGAGCUCAUCCAGUCGCUCUACGACAAUCGGGUAUGCUCCUACUGGUUGGACGUGUAUUGGACAUACGAGCUGUGCCACGGCCGAUACAUCCUGCAGUAUCACGAUGAUCGAGAAAUAAUACGAAAAGCGAGAAGUGAAUAUUAUCUUGGGAAUUUUCAACGUGAACAAUCAAAAUUGGACGAUAAGAAUUUUGAUGAACUGAAUCCGCCGAAACGCAAGAUCGAUAACAAAGAGCAGCCAUAUUAUCCAGUUAAUUACAGACAGGGAACGGUCUGUGAUCUAACAGGCAAACCACGGAAGACCACUGUUUUAUAUGGUUGCAACCAGGAUGCCAAGGAUCAGAUCUAUUCGUUUACCGAGACAGCUUCAUGCACCUAUGAAAUGAUUGUAUUGACGAAACGGUUGUGCUCACAUCCGUCGUUUCAGCCGCUGCCAGAUACUGACAAUGAAAUUGUUUGUUAUUCGAAAGACACUCACAAGGAAUAUGCGAAGCCGGAGCGGCUUGUUCAGCUCGAGAAGGAAAGCGAAACUGCUUUUGAGCGAGAGUAUAUGUCCGCCUUCCCACCUGUACAGCAUCCAGCAAAUGCUGAUCCCGCCGAAGAGGACGAUGACGACGAAGACGAUGAGGACGAUGAUCUCGACGUAAGAGUUAUUCUAUCAAAGAAAUCUUCGUCACCAAAAUCUUCCGUGCAAAAGACAACAACCCCAGAAAAGCCAGCUAUUGAUAGAGAUACGCUACUUGAAGAAAACAGAUAUCUGUUAAGUGGAAGACACUGUUUGUACGGCGGUGGUACCGGCUGGUGGAAAUACGAAUUUUGCUAUGGGAAAAGUGUAAGUAUUGCUUUUCAGGACCACUUUCAGCCUAAUGAGAUCGUUUAA